AUGCAUCUGUCGGAUAUUUUCAAUGUACCAUUGAUCAAUCUAGAACUUCAUUUUCAAGAUUUUACACUAGUGGACAACGAAACAAUUAUUGAUUUCUACUGUUGUGAAAACAAAGAAAAAUCAGCAGUGAAAUCGUUGACUUUGUUUGGAAAACACUCGAAUACAUCAGAAGAUGAUGCAGUCGUCGAUUCACUUCUUUGCCGUCAAGAAGCUAAAGUGAAGCUGAAACUUCUAUUCAAACCUACUUCUGAGUUCAAGUUUAGAACUGAAUACAUUCGGAGCAAUGCAAAUUUUUUUGAAUCUCGACACUCUCAUUGGAUCAGUUUUCAAGAUGCCAUCGAGCUGAAAUCAUUCGUGAUUUUUUUAUUCAAUUCAAGCUUCAAUAGGAAUCAUUUAAAACUAUUGAUUGAGAAAUGGAACAUUGGAUGGACUCCAGAAUGGAUAACCUUAACAAUAGAGUUUUGCGAGAGUGUAGACAUUGACGAGUGUGUCAAUGAAUUGACUCUCACAGAACGAAUUUCCAAUCUUCAAGUGUGUCGAAAAUUGACAAAAUAUGAAUACGCCAAUGGAAAUACAAGUGUUAUACACUACCACCUCCGUCGUCCGGAUGGAACUGUUGGUGUGAUCUCAUUUGAAAACAAUACAAUUGGAAUGUUUCAGGCAUAUUGUGAUGUUGAAGACAAUUCAGCAACAUUCUCAAAUGUUUUAUUUAAUAAUAAAUUUCAAUAA